GUGUCCACCCGUUACUGUACUGUACACGAUAGUAGCUGACUGUAAUGGAUAUGCGGUAACGAUGGGGGCAGGUCCAGUACAAGCCCCUGAGCUCCCGGAUGGAGGAGCAGCCCGGUAAAUAGCUGCACUGGGUCUUCACAGGUAGCUACUUUCAGCUCCCGCCUGCAUCAAGCCCCUCCCCCUUUGAAGUCCCACAUGCUGCGGUCAGCCAAUCCAAAGCAUCGUCCCGCCCAUUCUCCUGCCACAGGGUAGGAAACAACAAACAUGGCGGAAUCUGUGAGUGUCAGCUCCUCGGGGCCUUCCCUCCGGACUCGGGUGAAGGGCUGGCUGUGCAGAUACUGGGCCUUCGUGUGGCUUGUGCUCCUGGUGACGGGGCUGCUCCUCCUGUAUCACUUCAGAGCGGCGCUGCACCUGUACGAGGCCGCCGUGACCGUGUCCGGAUUCAUUAACACAUUGACCCCAAAAUUCUAUGUCGCCCUUACCGGAACAUCUUCACUCAUAUCUGGGUUAAUAUUGAUUUUUGAAUGGUGUUACUUCCGGAAAUACGGCACAUCCUUCAUCGAGCAAGUGUCUGUAAACCAUUUACGCCCUCUAAUGGGAGGGAUUGAUCCUGGAGCUUCUGCAGAUGGUUUCUUCCCUAGUUCUGGAGACAAUGAGACCGGCAGGCAAACUCUGUCAGAGUGCAAAGUGUGGAGGAACCCUCUUAAUCUCUUCAGAGGAGCAGAGUACAACAGGUAUACCUGGGUAACUGGAAAAGAGCCUCUCACAUAUUAUGACAUGAAUCUCUCUGCACAGGACCAUCAGACAUUUUUUACUUGUGACACAGACUCCAUGCGUCCAUCUGAUGCUGUUAUGCAGAAAGCAUGGCGGGAAAGAAGCCCUCAGUCUAGAGUGAAAGCAGCAUAUCAAGCUCUAGAAGUGUCUACUGAUUGUGCAACAGCCUACAUUUUGUUGGCUGAAGAAGAAGCAACAACAAUUUCUGAUGCAGAGAGGUUGUUCCAACAAGCGCUGAAAGCUGCGGACUCUGCUUACAAGAAGUCUCAGCAAACACAACAUUUGAGCACGCAGCAUGAAGCCCAAUACAAAAGGGAUACAAAUGUGUUGGUUUACGCAAAGCGAAGGCUGGCCAUGUGUGCAAGAAAAUUAGGAAGAAUUCGAGAAGCUGUAAAAAUGAUGAGAGACCUAAUGAAAGAGUUUCCUCUGCUCAGCAUGGUAAAUAUCCAUGAAAACCUGCUGGAGGCUUUGCUGGAAUUGCAGGCAUAUGCGGAUGUUCAGGCAGUGCUCGCUAAAUAUGACGAUAUUAGUCUUCCAAAGUCCGCUACAAUAUGCUACACGGCAGCGUUACUAAAAGCCAGAGCUGUAUCUGACAGAUUCUCACCUGAAACAGCCUCUAGAAGAGGACUUAGUACAGCAGAAAUGAAUGCAGUGGAGGCCAUUCAUCGAGCUGUAGAAUUUAAUCCUCAUGUUCCAAAGUACCUGUUAGAAAUGAAAAGCUUGAUUAUGCCACCAGAGCAUAUACUGAAGCGCGGAGACAGUGAAGCAGUGGCAUAUGCCUUCUUCCACCUUCAGCACUGGAAGCGGGUAGAAGGAGCCCUAAAUUUGCUCCACUGCACAUGGGAGGGCACAUUUAGGAUUCUGCCAUACCCAUUAGAGAAAGGUCAUCUUUUUUACCCUUACCCUGGGUGUACAGAAAAUGCUGAUAGGGAACUCUUACCAGCGUUUCAUGAAGUAUCUGUAUAUCCAAAAAAGGAGCUGCCGUUCUUCAUUCAUUUCACAGCUGGGUUGUGUUCUUUUUCUGCAAUGCUAGCACUUCUUACCCACCAGUUCCCAGAGCUCAUGGGGAUAUUUGCAAAAGCUUUUCUGGUGACUCUGCUGACACCCUUCACUUUUAUGCUGGAAAAGAUUGAGAGCAUCAUGCCAUCCAGUCUUUGGCACCAGCUGACACGCAUGUAAGCAUGUCUGUAAUGAGCAGAAGACAAACGCCUGCCACGCUUAGGACCUCUUCAGUUUUGACCAUGUUAACAGGCAACAUAUGAAAAAGUUUUUCAGCUGUGGCUAAUGGCAUUCUCUUCCAGACCACAAGCUUGUAAAUCGUCUGUCUAUUCCUUUGCAAAGAAAACCAUAGGGCCAGAACGAUUGGGGAAUUUGGAUUUGUGUAUUUACAAGCUAAUAAAAAUGUUAACUGGU